AUGGGGGUCGGGACCCCCAAUGGGGAGUCCAUAGAUCUAUAUGGGAUCAGGACCCCCAUUGGGCCCCUAUUUGACACCGCCGGGACCUUCAGCUCCCCCCAAUGGGGCAUCGUGGAUCUGUCCAGCCACCAGCAUCUAUUUGGGGGCUUCAAACGAGGGGGGACGGCUGCACCCGGAGCCCCCCCGGCCCCCGCAGCGCCCCCCGAGUUGGGGGGCAAAGAGGAGAAGCCGUAUUUCCGCCGCCUGAAGUAUCUGAUGGAGCGACGCUUCCCCUGCGGGCUCUGCCCCAAGGCCUUCAAGCAGUCGUCCCACCUGGUGCAGCACAUGUUGGUGCACAGCGGGGAGCGGCCCUACGAGUGUGGGACCUGCGGCCGGGCCUACAACCACGUCUCCAGCCUCAUCCGACACCGGCGCUGCCAUAAGGACAAUGAGGGAGGGGGCAACAACGGGGCGUUGGUGGGGCCCGGUGGGGUGAGUGGUGUGGGGACGGCCAUGGCGGCGCCCAAUGGGGUCAGCCUGGUGGUGGCCGGUGUGUUGCCGGUGCCCAAUGGGGUCAAUGUGGUCAACUCAACAACCAAUAGGGUCAGUAUGGCUGUCAGUGGGGCCAGUGGGGUUAACUCAACGCCCAAUGGGGCCAAUGUGGUCAACUCAACGCCCAGUGGGGCCAAUAUGGCACCCAAUGGGGCCAACGUGGUCAACUCAACGCCCAAUGGGGCCAAUAUGGCAUCCAAUGGGGCCAACGUGGUCAACUCAACGCCCAAUGGGGCCAACACAGCCAACGCAGCAGCACCCAAUGGGGUCAAUGCAGCACCCAGCAGGGUCAGCAGCGCAUCCAGCGUCAACAUGGCACCCAAUGGAGUCAACGUGGCACCCAACGGAGUCAACCCAACACCCAACGGGGUCAACCCGACGCCCAGCGGAGUCAACCCGACGCCCAGUGGGCUCAACCUGGCACCCAGUGGGCUCAACGUGGCACCCAAUGGGCUCAACGUGGCCGUCAGUGGGGCCAACCCGACGCCCAUCGGGGUGACGGCGCUGCCCGCCGGCCUCGCGCUGCCCCCCAACACGGCUCUGAUGGUGCCCGGUGUCCUCCCAGCUCCCGGUUCUGCCCCUUCAGCUCUCAGUAUCCCGGCACCCGCCGGGGUUCUCCUUGCUCCCGGUGGCCUCACGUUGGCUCCGGGUGCGUCGGCGGCUCCUCCAUCCGGCACUUCAUCCUCUGACGGUCCGUUCAGCUGCCCGCUGUGCUGGAAGGUGUUCAAGAAGCCGAGUCACCUCCACCAGCACCAGAUCAUCCACACGGGCGAGAAGCCGUUCAGCUGCUCCGUCUGCUCCAAGAGCUUCAACCGGCGCGAGAGCCUGACCCGGCACAGCAAGACCCACACGGGGCCCACAUUACGGCUGCCGUGUUCCAUCUGUGGCAAGGAGUUCCGGGAUCCGGCCUAUCUGCUGCGCCAUCAGGCCGCGCACGGCGGCCAACGCCACGACUAUCAAUGUGAUGUGUGCGGGAAGGCCUACGCCGCGCCGCAAAGCCUCCUACGGCACCGACAGGCUCACGGCGGGAGGUCGAGCGGGCUGCCAUGUUCAGAUGGGAAAACAGAAGGUUUGGUUUUACCGGCACCGGGAAGGAGCUUUGGGUGCACAAUAUGCGGCCGGGCCUUCGGACGUCGGGAGACAUUGAAGAGACACGAGCGGAUCCACACGGGGGAGAAGCCGCAUCAAUGCGCCGUGUGCGGGAAGCGCUUCCGCGAGUCGUUCCACCUGAGCAAGCACCACGUGGUGCACACCCGCGAGCGGCCCUACAAGUGCGAGCUGUGCGGGAAGGCCUUUGGGUACCCACAAAGCCUGACCCGGCACAAGCAGAUCCAUCGGCUCCCAUUGCCCUGCGGGGUGGGGGCGGCCGAUGGAGCCGGCUUUGGGUGCGCUGAGUGCGGGCUGCGCUUCCCGGAUCUAUUCCACGCCAUAGGGCACAAGGAGGCGCAUGUGGCUGAGAAGCCGUUUGGGUGCGAAGCGUGUGGGAAAACGUUUGGGUUCAUUGAGAACUUGAUGUGGCACCAACUGGGGCAUCGAGCUGCGCCCGAAGCGCCCGACGGAGCCGAGGAGCCGCCGCUGGUUCCGAGCGGGGAACGAUUCACGUGCGGAACCUGCGGGCAGAGCUUCAAACGCUUCCUGGCGCUGGUGACCCACAAGUACGUGCACCUGGUGCGACGCACGCCGGGCUGCGCCGUGUGCGGGCAGAGCUUCAACGGAGCCUAUGAUCUCCUAUUGCAUCGCCGCAGCCACAUGCAGAAGAGACACUUUGGCUGCCCUGUAUGCGGGAAGCGGUUCUGGGCUGCGGCGCUGCUGAUGCGGCACCAGCGCUGCCAUACGGAGGAGCGACCCUUCCGCUGCGGCGUCUGCGGCCGCGGGUUCCUGCGCUCGUGGUACCUGCGGCAGCACAAGGUGGUGCACACCGGGGAGCGGGCCUACAAGUGUGCAUUGUGUGCAAAGAGAUUCGCGCAGUCGUCCAGCCUGGCCGAGCAUCAGAGGUUGCACAGCGCGGCGCGGCCGCAGCGGUGUCAGACCUGCGGGAAGACGUUCCGCUAUCGGUCCAACCUGUUGGAGCAUCGCAGGGUCCAUAUGGGGGAGAAGGUUUAUCGCUGCGAGCGCUGCCCCAAGAGCUUCUUCUACCUGUCGUCCAUCCUGCGGCACCAGCGGUCGCACGACGCGCGGCGCGAGCUGCGCUGCGACACCUGCAUGAAGCUGUUCAAGGACCCCAAGUAUUUCAGCAAACACCUGCAGGCCCAUCAGGGGGGGAGACCCUUCAAGUGCGGAACCUGCGGGGAGGGGUUUCGGAACACGUACGGGCUGAAAAAGCACCGGAACCGACACAAGGUGGAGAGAGACACGGCCAACGGGAACAAGGACGGAUGAGACGGGGAGGGGGCACAAGGGGGGGGAGAAAGGGAG